UGUGUACAAGAUUAUAUUGAAUGUGGAUGGAUUUAAAAAGAAGUUUGCAACCCACAUCAUAUACCAGCAAAGAUCACAGUAGUAUAAAUGUUUAUUAGCAAGGAAAUAUAUGUGAAAAGAAGAUAAACGUUCCAAGAUUGUGGUGAAAAAAAAGAGGAAAAAAGUGAAGAUGAAUAAUGUGUGAAUAAGUUUAAAUAUAAAAGACUAUUUAAAAGUAUUGAUUGUCCUGGUAAAAUGAAUAAAAAGAAUCGAAAAACAUCAUCAUACCGUUGUGAUAUUUGUGGGAAAUCAUUCUCUGGAAGUGGUAACUUAGCAAGACACAAAUGUACUGAUGCAGGAGAAAAACCAUAUCACUGUGAUAUCUGUGGUAAAUCAUUUUCUGAACGUUGUAACUUACAGACACACAAACGUAUUCACACAGGAGAGAAACCAUAUCGCUGUGAUAUCUGUGGUAGAUUAUUCUCUGUAAGUAGUACCUUAACUAAACAUAAACGUAUUCACACAGGAGAAAAACCAUAUCACUGUGAUAUCUGUGGUAAGUCGUUCUCUCAGAACGGUGAAUUAACUUCUCACAAACGUAUCCACACAGGAGAGAAACCCUAUCACUGUGACAUCUGUGGUAAAUCAUUCUCACAAAAAAACCAGUUAACUACGCAUAAACGUAUUCAUACAGGAGAGAAACCAUAUCAGUGUGAUAUGUGUGAGAAAUCAUUCUCUCAAAGGAUCCAUUUAAUGAAACAUGUUGAUAUUCAUGUACGACAGUAACUGUAUCAGUAUAAAAUUUCUGGUUGUCAAGGAUAAUUUCACCCUCCCUCUGACUGGUUAACCAUGUAUCUCCUCUAUAACAACACACCUAUACUGGUCUCAGUCUUGAUCACUCUCUCUCUGAUCAGGUAACCAUUUAUCUCCUCUCUGUCACACACUAACCUUUCAUCACAUCACCUGGUCCCCUGGUACAAGUUCACCUUCUCCAAUGCCUCCUCCUUGCCAUCACCUGCACCUACAUUCACACCUUCUCGCCAUGCCUGACCUCCAUUCAUUCCUUUUGCACCUCUGCUUUCUUCUCUCCUAUUUUCUUUCCAACCCUUUAUACAACUCUUUCAUUCUCUUUUUAAUAAAACCCGCCGCUCUAGCUAUCUUUCUUUUCAUCAUCAUGUCACACCCCGUGGCUUCCGGGGACCUAUACAAGGAGGAAGCGCUCAGUCAACUUUUUGAACCCCUUCUAUUGCCUCCUCCUCUCCGACACCACCCUCUCCUCCUUCACCGGACCCAACAAGCACACCCUCUACAUUAAGAACUCCUUCUCCCGCACUUCUUCCAGCCUUAUCUAUUGCAUCAGGUGUAAUCUCUGCAACAAACUUUACAUUGGCCAAACAGGCCACUGGCUUGCCAGCCGGUUCAUCAAACACCUACGAGAUAUUUGUCUGCAUACAAACACCCCUGUUGCCCGUCAUUUUCGUUUGGCCAACCACUCCACUUCCAAUAUCACAGUCUUCGGCCUUGCCCUAUACCAGUGCUUUUCAAACUUUUUGCUGGAGCGGAACCCCAAGGAAGCAUUCCACUGGCUCGAGGAACCCCUGUGCAAUAAUUUAAUAGUCUUAUGCACACAUAUCUGCACAGGAGAAUUAA